UCUAGGACUGGGACCGGAACUGGGUGCUUGGCGACGUCUGGCUCACUUUUCUUGGUCGACGUGCCCUUUUAUACUUUGGCGAGCCUGUCGCGGGUUGGCCUGCUGUACUUGCUCCUCUUCUUCCCUUCGCCAGUUCGCCAGUUCGCCAGCCAUCGCCAAAUCGUCUGCGCAAAGGCCCCGAUGCAGUCGCUGCCACCUGCUGCGGGAUCUGGCAGCCAUGGCGGAUUACGAAGAGAUGGUGCCAUCUCCGCUCUCUCCUCUCUCUCCCGAGGAGGAGGACGGGCUGUGGAAUGAGCUCGACAAGUGCGUGUCGGAACAUUGCGACAGCCACGAAUCCAUCGACGAUGCCCUUCGUUCCUGGCUGAACUUGACGACCCAGCUGCGCUUGCAGCAACCCGCGUCGCAAGACGAGGUUGUCAUGUGCUCGCAGAUCUUAAUGAACAGCGAUAUAUUCAAGCACAACAAAGACUAUGUCCGCAAGCAGCUCAUCUACAGCCUGCUGCAGGAGGACGAGUCCGGGCCGCUCCACGCUAUAGUAUGUAUGCUUCUUCUCGACGGCCACCAGGACGCGGUGACGUUUCCGCGCAUGAUCCAGGAAGCAUGCUUUCCUCGCCUUUUGGAGUUGAUCAGCAGCCGAGACUCUGACGACGACCCGCGCCUCCAUCGGUUUCUGCUGCAGCUCAUGUACGAGAUGUCGCGCGUAGAGCGGCUUACGCCGGAGGACUUGGCGCUAGUCGACGAUAACUUUAUACACUUAUUGUUUCGCCUUAUCGAGGGCGUGUCUAGCGAUGUAAACGAUCCAUAUCAUUACCCAACUAUUAGAGUACUGCAAUACAUGCUUGCGUCUACAGAUACCGUGACGAAUCCCGGAUCGACACCCGAACCGCCAACGAACCGCAUUGUAAAAUGCCUAAGUCUCCACGGACCAAAGUUUCGAACAUUUGGGGAGAAUAUCAUUCUGCUCUUGAAUCGGGAGACGGAGACGUCUCUCCAGCUUCUAAUCCUUAAGCUACUAUAUCUUCUUUUCACAACUAAAGCGACGUACGAAUACUUUUAUACAAACGACUUGCGAGUGUUAUUGGACGUCAUCAUUCGAAAUUUGAUGGAUCUCCCGGACGAGAGAAUGUCUCUCCGGCAUACCUACCUGCGAAUUCUAUAUCCUCUGCUGGCGCAUACACAGAUGAACCAGCCGCCACACUAUAAAAAGGAUGAGAUUCUCCGCUUGCUCAAGAUCCUGAAGGGCUCCCACAACGCCCACUUUGCCCCAGCCGAUCCGACAACCUUGCGAUUGGUACACCGAAUAGCCAAAGUUAAAUGGCUUGAGGCAGACGAUGAUGCAGACUCUGAGACGUCGGGGCAGGCAGAAGUUGCCCGAAAGCUCCUAGGCAUGAGCGUUUCGCCAAGAGAUUCAUCCAGCAGUGUUAGUGUCAGUGAUCUGGCCGAAGUCACGGAAAAGCCAGGCGUGCAUACACCAAGUCGAAACAAUGACUCGAAAGCAGGCAUGGAGCACUCUGAGCAUUACGUGGAGCUGGAAGACAGUACUGGCAAAGCCAAGAAGCCUCUUCCGGUGGUCCCCAAACACAAGCACGGCGUUCCCUUCAAGCAUGCAGCCACCACCAUGGUACAUAUCAGUAAAGUUGCCGCGAAAAAGACCCCUCCAAAAGCGCCACCCCCCAGACGACACGGCAAGGUGAGGUUGGCAGAAACGACGUCAUCGGAUGAACACCUCGCAGGAACCAUACACUAGGGAGUCGACAGGCUUGUAGCCAAAAUUUGCCGUAUGUACGUUAAGAUGUUUUUGUUGUUGGGGUUUUCUUCGUCUUCUCUUCUUUCCUUGACUUCGUCACCUCUUAAUUUCAAGAGAAUUGUUUGAAAGCGAGCCCCAGCGGUAUUGCUGGCGCUCAAAGACGUCGACCGGUACGUGUCUUCACCUCCUUGGAAGCACACGGCCGAAGCUUUUCUGGAGUUUUUGGAGUACAAUGCAGAAUGACGCGGAUUUUCAGCUCUUGAACUUGAUCAGCGACAGGCCGGCUAUUGUUUGACACGAGAAACAUGAGUAAAGGGAAAUACCUCGCAGUAUAGACAAGAGAGUGUUUAUCGGGACGAGAAGCAGCCUACCCAGGACUUACUAUACCUUUUUUACUUUGUUUUGUACAUACAGACGUACAUACGAUGUCUUACUACUGGGCAUGAUGCUUGGAACAAGGGGCGAACAGGCAAAGGAGCAUUUCUUACUUGGGCGAAUUUGUUUCUCUUUUUUUUUUCUUUUCUUUUCUUGCUUGUUUAGUGUUCAUAGGGUUUCGGAUGUGCCGUGUGUGACGUUGGGCGUUUAUUCUACAAUACAUUGACUAAUUGAAUCUUGUUUUG